AGGAGCGUGUGUGUCAGAGAAGACUCUUACUCGGCUUUCUUGGUGCCACCCUGGGACGAUUUGCCUUUCUCAUCUAAUGAGGACUUCUGUAAUCUGUUUGCCGAUUCUUCAGGAGUUCAAGCUCCUAGGAUGGAGCGCAUGAAAGACUUCUUAGAGAAGAGAGACUUGGGGAGACUGCUCAUUCAGAGAAACAGAGCACUGAAAAAGAAUCUUUUGAAACAGAUGCAGCUCUCAGUAUCUGAAGAUGGCUAUGUUCACUUUGGUGACAAAGUGAUGUUGGUGAAUCCUGAUCAUCCCCCAGUGGAAGAAGUUGGUGUGUAUCAGGAUGGAGACGUGAGCCUGUGCAUGACUCCAGAUGAAAUCAAUGCCCAGCUGACUGAUGAGUUAGAGGUGCCCUGUGGCCUGAGCGCAGCCAAGUCCAAGGUCCCUGUGGCCAGAAACACCUUUACCAUUUUGAGUGUAGGUAGAGAUACCAGUGGUCAAGUCCUCAGAUACGGACAGGACUUUCGCCUUGCGAUAACAGGAGGACUUGAGAACCGAAUGCUCUAUUUAACAAGUGACCACAGGACCCUUCUGAAGUCAUCAAAGAGGUCUUGGCUCCAGGAAGUAAACCUGGUGGACGAGGUCUCUCAUCUGAACUGCUGGCAGGCUGCCUUCCUGGACCCCCAGCUGCGCCUGGAGUAUGAAGGCUUCCCAGUGCGGGCAAAUGAAAAACUUGUCAUCUAUCAUCGCCACACAAACCGGGCCCUGGUGGCCCACCGCCAUCUUUUCUUAAGGACCUACUUUGGAAAGGAAAUUGAGGUUGCAGCUCACACACAUCUGGAUUCACACAGAGCUGAAAAACCCAAGAACUACUGGAUGCUGGUGACAGGGAAUCCCAGGGACAGCUCAUCCACUAUGCUGGACUUGCCCAGACCACCGGCAGAGGACACCAGUGCGGUGGAGCAGGCCAUGGGUCUCAACACGCAGUGACAUGCCAGGCCCAUAUGUGUUCUCUCAGGGCCAUUCUCUCAUCAGCUGUAACUGUAAAAGAAACUUAACAAUUCUGCUUGUGUCUCAAGGUGUUUAUAGGUAAGGUGCAGAACUCUUGGAACUUAAAGAUGGUGUUACUCCUAGAAGGACUGUGUUACUUUCCACAACGAUGUCUAUGUAAUAAAGCUGCCAGAAGAAUACAGAAGUUUUGGAACUGCCGUUUCUACCUCUGCUCUCUUCCACGUGGAGACUAUAGUUACAAGCUGUGACCUUCUUUGGAAAUUGAAAAUUUCCCCUAGUAAGCAUCCCAUGUUUGGCUCAACCUCUGAUUUAGGAGCUCAGUUCUCUACCUAACCUAACCAGUGAUCUUACAAUGACCCUCAAACCAUAGAAUCCCUUUUCCUCUGGCUAGUUUUUGAAAAUGACCCAUUUAUUUUGUCAUCCGUGUGAUGUGUUAUUUCCCAGAGCCUGAGUGUGCAUC